UGAGGAUCUGCCAAGCGAGAGAGGGCUGAGCUGGAGGGACUCGGCUUGGCAAGGGUUAAAGGGAAGUGAGCUGCCUUCCUAGAGAGGCCAGGAAGCAAGGGGGGGGCCAGGUCCUCCAGAGCCAAGGCCCCUCCCUCCCCAGUCCUUUCCUGCUUUGGGGUCUCUCCUGCAAGGGCUGCCUCGCUGUCCCUCCUGGGAUCUGGUGAGUCUCCUCUCUCUCUGGGAUCUGGUGAGUCUCCUCUCUCUCUGGGAUCUGGUGAGUCUCCUCUCUGGUAUCUGGUGGGGGUCCCAGGGCUGCAGCAGGGGAGGGGGCCUGGGGGGCCUGAUCUGCUCCUGCAGGGGGGACCCCAAGUCAGGGAGGAGAGGGUCCUGCCAGGGAGGGGCCAGGUCUGCCACGCUCUCCUUCCUGCAGAUCAGAGGAUCCCAAAAUCAUUUGGCCCUCCCCCCCUUUCAGAAAAAAUCUCCCUUCUUUAAACAAAGGAGUCCCUGGAACUUUAACUCUGUGUGACGUUGCUCAGCCUCAUUGCACAACAGAGGAAACAUCUGCAAAUGGUUUUCCAAAGCUGAACGAGGAGGUGAACACUAGCCCCCCCCCCCAAAAGAAAGGGUGGGAGAGAAAGGCCAGGAAUAAAGAGAGGGAUCCCAGCCCAUAGUCUGGCUGCUGCAUUGCAAAACAGUUUGUGUUAAGCUAUCUAAUAGAAUAAUAAAAAAUCAAGGGAGAUGCCUUUGGCCCCGCCCACUUGGCCCUCAGGGGGUUGGCCAGAUACAUUCCUGGCCCUCAGGGCAAAGAAAAAGAGACCUCACCCCACGAAUCUGUCUGGACAGCGGUAGAGAUUGAAGAAAAGGGGACAGAAGCAGGGAGUGGAGGUAGGGUGGGGGUGGGGGGAGCAACUCCCGAGGACCCCCAGGUCAGGACCCCCACUAGAGAAAAGCAUCCAUUUAUCACAAGAUAUAAAUGACUCCCUUGUCAUUCGGUUCUGACUUCAUGCAUUGACUGGAAGGAAGAAGAAACCAGGUUGAUUAAUCUGACAGAAAUCCCUUCAGUUGCCUCCACAUUUUGCAUUGCUAGAAGGCUAGAGACUUAUUUCUUCUCCUCUUCUUCCUCCUUUUCAAAAAGAUAGCUCAAGGUCUGGGAUCUGGUGCAGUCCAGCCCUGGUUCCCAGCAAGACUCAGGGAACCAUUUCCCCCCCCUGUCCUACAAAUUCUGUAACAGAACAAUGUAUUUGCUUUGUAGGAUUUGCUAGAGCUUCUCAUUUAGACGGACAGAAUUUGGCAGAAGACCAAAGGGUUCCUUCCGAUCUCUCAGAGGCUUCCUGAGAGCACAGAUGGAUGAGCAAGACUCAGCUGGCCCUGGAACAGGAAGAGGCCAUGCCAACCAAACUGGGAGCAGUGGGGGUUUUUGGGAAAACUCUGUGCAGAAGAUCCAUGGUGAGGUGGACACCCUCCGCUCAGAGGUGCAGAGCCAGCAGUUGAGGCAGUUCUGCUGCCAGGAGGCCAAAGGACCCCGAGAGGUUUGCAGCCGACUCCACCACCUUGACCAUCAGUGGCUGAAGCCAGAAAGGCACACGAAAGCUGAGAUGCUGGACCUGGUGAUCUUGGAGCAGUUCCUGGCUGUCCUUCCCCCGGAGAUGGAGAGCUGGGUGAGGGAAUGCGGAGCGGAGACCAGUUCCCAGGCGGUGGCCCUGGCCGAAGGUUUCCUCCUGAGUCAGGCAGAGGAGAGGAAGCAGGCAGAGAGAAAGCAGGUGAGAGAGACUUUCCUCUGGAUACUCCCAAGGGGCUCCAAACAGGACAGAGAACAUCCCAUAAUUGUCUCCUUAUGGCCCAUUUUCUGGGAAAGCAUCCAUGGAAUGAGAUCUCGCACCCUUCAAGUCUUUGUCAUUCUCUUUCUAGUAUUUCUUCCCAUUCUCUGUUUUGAAUUCUUGUUUCUUUCUCAGGGAAAGGAUCUCUUUGCAGAAAUGGACCUGGAUUCCUGUGAGGCAGAGAGGCCUCCGUUGGACACCAGAGAGAGGCCACUGGGUAAGGAGGAAGGUGGUUUUUCUCCGUUUGGUCUCAUUCUGUUGGUUUUCCAACACAUCUGAGGGUUCUUUUCAUCUUGUUUUGGGGGGAGACAGUUGGGAAGAAGGGUCCAGAGGAGGGGGGAUGUAUUUCUGCACAACUAACAUAUGAAAUGGGCACAAACGUCCAAAUACUCUCAGCAGGUAAGGCUUUCUCAAAGGCCCAUCUGUAGUUAGAGAUACCCUGUUUCACCUGUGAGAGAAGCAGGCACUCUGUUUAUGUCCUGUUUACGUUUUUUCUCUUGCAGGUGACGGAAUGAUGCCGGCAAGACCUCCUGAUCCGCCUUUUCAUGGGGGCAGAAGGGAAGCAGCGGCUGUGGAACCAGAUCAGGUCAGGGGAAGCUGCCUUGUGGGGACAGAGACCGAGGGAUGGAGCAAUGUCAUGGACUGGUUGGGCACAGAGGAAUGGUGGGAGGAAGCAGCCGGGAAACCAGGAAGGGAAGAUGGCUCAGAGCCCAAGGAUUGGAGGUAGAAGAAGGAUGGGUUGUCAGAGGGGGAAGAGGAGAAGCCUGGGAAGAGGAGGUGUCAGAAGCUGAAAGGGUAACAGGGCUUAGUGAGCUGGGAGACUCUGUGGCAGAAUGCAGUGCAGAAUCAGAGGCAGAAGAGGAAGGAGGCGAGUGGGAGAGGAAGGUCGAGAGGAAGAGGUAAGUCAGGAGAAGGAGGAGCCACCGGUUUUUAACCCUCUCCUUUUGCCAGAAGCCACCCUCCCUACUUGUCUCUCAGAGCCAGGAGACCCCCUGCAAUGCAGGAAUCUCUGCUAGAUCAUCCAAGACAGAUGGCCAUCCAAAAAAGGCUUAUUUUAUUUCUAGACUGAUCACUGAAUGCAAAAAUAGGUAUCUUAAGCAGAGUACAAAUGAGAACAAAUAGCGGCCUGGAUUCACCUAACCAGCCCCCUCCCCAUUCCUCCAUGAAUCCCUUGAAUUUGGCUUUACGGCAUUGGAAAGGAACUUUCCCAGAACAGCACAUGAGGAGAGGAGAAAGUGGAUCCUUCCAUCAGGCAAACUGGAAUGCUUGCGUAGGCAGAAUGAUUUGAAAACCACAUGUGGAGUACCACCUAUUUGCACAAAGACAAAUACCCAUAAUUAAAACGCAGAUUAAAAUAAGCAUCCAUAAAUAAAAUGUGCAGCAAAGCAAUCCUAUUGAAACAACACAGCAAUUUACAGGAAGGAAACAGAGCAUUGUGGAGCAGAUCAUAUUUCUGCUGUCUCAGAGGAGGACAUUUCCCUUUUUCUUUUAGGGUCCAGUGUGCUUUGAAGAUGUCGCUGUUCGUUUCACGGACGAGGAGUGGGUGUUGCUGGAUCCUGACCAGAGAGCUCUGCAUAAGGACGUCAUGGAGGAGAAUCGUGGGAUCGUGGCCUCUCUUGGUAAGGCUCCCUGUGGGAUCGUCAUAUCUGCCUGGAAAUUCAAAAAAUACGUCUAUGGACCAACCUCAUAUAUUUUCACAGAGCUCAACAGCGCCCCCUAUAACACCUGGGAACCUAACACCCCCACAAUAAAGAGUAACUUACAGUUUUUUCUUUGAACAAUCUUCUUCAAAAUAUUCCUUUUUCUACCACGAUUGGGCUGGUCUGAACUGCCUAGGCCAUCUUAAAUGUCAGCUUCAGAAAGAUAAGUAGCUUCAGGUUUUCUGUUUUUGCUCCUGUCAGUCUUGGAUUGACCAAAGAGAUGACUGACAUUGGAGAUGGAGGGGAUGCCAUGACUGGGCCGAACAAAAUUCAUCCCAGAGAAGAGCUAGACUUAUUGAAUUUCAGAUAGAAGUAGCAGUGAUGAUGAUGAUGAUGAUACAGUGGUACCUCAGUUUACAAACAUCAUAAUAAUAAUAACAACAACAACAAGAAGAAGAAACUUAAAAUUUCCCGGAAGAGGACUGUUCUUAAAUCAAGGUACCACUGUAGUAAUAAUAAUAAUUUUUUAUUUCUACCCUGCCCAUCUGGCUGGGUUCCUCUAGCCAUUCUGGGCGGCUUCCAACAUAUAUAUAAACAUGAAACAUAAAUAAUUAUAAUCUGAUCCCAUAUAAAAAGAACAUUAACUUUAUUUUUUAUUUUUUACCAAUCAAUUUUUAUUGUUUUCUUUACACAGUCAUUUUACAAUACAUUAAAUCACAUAUAUACUUUUAGCUCUGCCGAGCUUGCGACUUCCCUCCUUCCCUUCAGCAGGUAUCCCUUAUUUUCUCCAGUCGCGUAUUUUAAUUUCUAACCUUGUAUCUGUCUUAUACAUUGUAGGAGUUAUUUUAAACCUGCCAGUGUUUUUAAAUUUUUACAAUUAUCCUUUAAGUACACAGUACAUUUACUCCAACUUUCCUGAAAUCUCUGAUCGUCCUGAUCCCGAAUCCUGCCGGUCAGUUUGGCUAAUUCCGUGUAGUUCAUCGUUUUCGUCUGCCACUCUGCAGUGGUGGGAACUUUCCAGUUUUGGGCCAAUAUAUUCCUUGUUGCCGCUGUGGCGUACAUAAAUAGCCUUUGGUCUGUUUUCUUAGCCUCCUUCCCCAACAAAAAAGCCUCUGGUUUUUUGGGAAAGGUAUAUUUAAGUACUUUCUUAAGUUCAUUAUAGAUCAACUCCCAAAAAUUCUUGACUUUAUCACAAGUCCACCACAUAUGAUAGAAGUCUCCAUCCACCUUUUUACAUUUCCAGCAUUUCUUAUCCCUCAUCCUAUACAUUUUUAUCAGUUUUACUGGUGUCAAAUGCCACCUAUAUAUCAUCUUCAUUAAAUUUUCUUUUAAAGCCGUACACGUCGUGAAUUUCAUACUUUUGUUCCAUAAUUUUAGCCAUGCAUCCAGUUCAAUAGUAUGCCUAAAAUCUAUAUCCCAUUUUAUCAUUGCUUCUUUCGCCUCUUCAACUUUUGUAAACCAUUCUAACAACAAAUCAUAUAUCUUAGAUAGUAUUCUACCUCUGCCUUCCUCUAAUUCUAACUGAAAUCUUGAUUUUUUUAUCCUUAAACCCAGCUUUCCUUUUAUCCUCACUCAAUAUAUCAUUCACCUGAUGGUAUUGCAACCAACCUGUAAACAUGCCUUCUCUUUACUCUUAUGGUUUAAGUUUUAACCCUUGUUCCAUUUUUCUAAUAAUUUCCUCAUAGGUGGCUCACCUUCCUUCCAUAUUUACUUUUUUAACUGUCAACACCUCUAUUGGCGAUAUCCACCAUAGGGUUUUCCUUUACAAUAAAUAUUUGUUUCUUUCCCAUACUUCAUAAAUUGACCUUCUGAUCACAUGGUUUAAAAAAACCUUUUUGAACUUUUACCUUAUCAUACCACAGGUACGAGUGCCACCCGUACCUGUUGUCAUGACCUUCUAAAUCCAAUAGGUCCGUAUUUUCCAAUGUUAUCCAUUCCUUUAACCAUACGAGACAAGACGCUUCAUAAUAGAGAUUCAUAGCUGGUAUAAUAAUAAUAAUAAUAAUAAUAAUUUAUUAUUUAUACCCCGCCCAUCUGGCUGGGCCUCCCUAGCAACUCUGGGCGGCUUCCAUAGAAACCAAAAAUACAGUAAAAUAUCACACGUUAAAAACUUCCCUGAACAGGGCUGCCUUAUGGCAAAUCCACCUCUUUCUUUUUCAUCUAUCAACAUUUUCAUUUUGAUCCUCAGCUUCUUUCCCUGCCAGACAAAUCUUGACACUAUUUUUUGCCAUUCUCUACAUUGUCCUGUCCCUUUAAUCAAUGGAAUUGUUUGGAAUAAGAAUAACAUUCUAGGUAAAACGUUCAUCUUAAUCACCGAUAUUCUGCCCAAAAAGGAUAAUUUCAAACUGUUCCAAAUUUCUAAAUCCUUCUUAAUCUCUCUCCAUGUGGUUUCAUAAUUAUCUUUAUACAAUUUUUUCCCCUGUUGUCAACCAAAUUCCAAGGUAUUUCACUUUCUUAACCACCAUAAUUCCUGUCCUGUGUUGCAAUUCCUCUGUCUCUUCUUUAUUCAUAUUUUUUACCAGCAUUUUGGUCUUAUUUCUAUUGAGUUUGAAUCCCACAACUUUUCCAAAUUCCUCCAUUCUCUCUAGGGCUUUUUGUACACUGUUCUUUGGUCUUCUAAUGUUAAAACUAAAUCAUCAGCAAACGCUUUUACUUUAAACUCUUUCGAUCCCACCUUAAUACCUCUGAUUUCUGACACUUCUCUCAAAUUCUUGUUUAAUACUUCUGAAACCGUAAUAAACAACAGGGGUGACAAAAGACACCCCUGUCUGGUACCUUUAGAGAUUUCAAAGUUGUCAGACAAAUUAUUAUUUAUAAUAAGUUUGGCUUUUUGUUCUGAGUAUAUAGCCUCAAUACCUUUCAAAAACAUUUCUCCUAUUCCCAUUGUUUUUAGGUUUUCUUUCAUAAACCGCCAUGAAACAUUAUCAAAUGCUUUCUCUGCAUCAAUGAACACCAAGGCCGCUUGUUUAUCAUUUCUAGACUCCCAAGUACUCAAUUAUAGCCACUAUGUUCCUAACGUUGUCCUUCAGUUGUCGCCCUGGUAGGAAACCAGCUUGAUCUUUAUAUAUUACUUCCUUUAAAAGUUUUUUUAAUCUGUCGGCCAGCACAUCCGCAAAUAAUUUAUAGUCAUUGUUCAAUAAGGAAAUAGGUCUAUAAUUUUUAACACUCAAACCAUCUGUAUCUUUCUUUGGGAUUAAAGUGAUGUACGCCUCUUUCCAGGUAUUUGGAAUUUUCCCUUCCUUCAAAAUGUUAUUCAUAACCUCACACAGCACAGGUAAUAAUGGUCCACCUAGUGUCUUAUAAUAUUUUGCCGAAAUGCCGUCAGGGCCUGGAGCUUUCCCUAUCUUCAUUUUCUUUAUCGCCUUCUCAAUUUCUUGUUCUGUAAUUAUCUGGUUUAAUUGUUCCUUUUCUCAUGGGGGGAUCUGCUGUAAUUGAUGGCUUCGUAUAUAAUUUUCUGUUUUCUUACCAUCUUCUUUCUCUUUCUUAUCUUUAUAAAAUUUCAGAAAGGUCUUUCUAAUUUCUUUGGGGUCUUCAAUGAUGUUUUCUGCCUCUCUUAUCUUACAAAUUGUGUUUUGUUUUUGUCUUGCCUUUAAUUGCCACGCCAAUAAUUUUCCAGUUUUGUUGGCGGAUUCAAAAUUCCUUUGUCUCAUUGUUUUUAUUUUCCACUCUACAUCCUGACUCACCAACAUAGAGAACUGAGUCUGCAACAAUUUAAUAUUUUGUCUUAUUAGCUCAUCUUUUGGUUUUAUUGUCAGCAGUCUCUCAUUCUCCAUGAGAUGGGCCAGGAUUUCUUCUUUCUUCUUCUCCCUUCCUCUUUUCUGAAAACUGUUCUUUUGGAUCAGGAAUCCUCUCAUUACAGCUUUGUGUGCAUCCCAUACUGUUUCAAUGGGUGUUCAUUGUUUAAAUUCCACUUAAAGUAUUCUGUAAUUGUCUCUUUUGCCUGAUUUACUAUCUUUUGGCCAUUGAAUAAACUUUCAUUCAUCCUCCAUCUGAAUGAUGAAGGGUCUUUUCCUUUUAAUUCCAAAUAUAACGGAUUAUGUUCUGAUAAUGUCCUUGGGAGAAUCUCAAUUUUGGAAAUUCUUGGCACCAAUUCAUUAGAAGUCCAAAUGUAAUUUUUUCUACCAAAGCUUGGAUUUGGAUCUGAAAUGAAUGUGAACUGUUUUGUUGUGGGAUUUCUAAGUCUCCAAAUAUCUGUUAGCCCCAUAGUGUCUGCCAUAUCAAAAUAUGUUUUUGGUAGUUUACCUUCAUUUGUGUCUCACCUUUUCGUUGCUCUAUCCAAAUCUGGAAUAUCCACACCGUUGAAAUCCCCCAUUACUAUCACUCUCUGAUCCAAAAAUUCUGAUAAUGUUUCACUGAGCUUCGAAUAAAAGUCGGCUUUUUUGUCAUUAGGUGCGUAGAUUCCCACAAUGAUUACCUUUCCCCCCUGGAGCGUAAUUUGCACUAUCAGCACUUUCCCCUCCUCAUCUUUAUAAAAUAAUUUUGGGUCAUAUUUCUCCUUUAUAUACAAUACAACCCCUCUUUUCUUGUUUGUGUCUGAGGCAAUAAAGUCUCUCCCCAAUCUUUUAUUACUUAAAACCCGCUUAUGUUUCCUUGCGACAUGUGUUUCCGGUAAACAGGUUAUAUUUAAAUUCCGUUUAAUCAAGACAUGUUCGAUUUUGUUCCUUUUAUUUUUAUUUUCAAGUCCAUUCACAUUCCAUGAAAGUAUUUUCAGAGCCUUUUUCUGGUUUGUUCAAGUCUACUAUCAAGUCCAAAUCAAACUUGGAGGUCCUUGUUAUUAUUAUCCUCUUCUCCCUCUUCUUCUUUCUCCUCUUCUUACUCUUCCUCUUCUUCCCCUCUCCUUUUCUCCUCUUCAGACUGGUCCCGUCCUGGUCUUACCUUCUCCACUUUUCCCAACUCUAUAUCAUAUCUUCUGGAGAAUUUUUUCCAGAUCCUGAAGGCUACUUAGUUUGAACCUCUUGUCUUUGUAAUUGAAGGAAAUUCCUUCUGGAAAUUCCCAUCUAUACUGGAUUCCAUUUUUCUUUAACUGGCCAUCUGGUUGGUGGCAGCGGAUUAGUGGUGUACGGGUCAAUAGUCCGUGAGAUGACUGGGGGCUCCAUACAAACACCACAGUUGGCUCCAUAGAUUUCUGAUUGGGUUAAUGUUUGGGCUAUUCCCAAACCAUUCCAGCAGUGGAAUAGGAUUAUCUUUAAAGCACCUUUUGCACACAGCAACGACAUGGAGCUGAAUCCUGUUGAAAGAGGAAAGAAAGAAAGAAAGAAAGAAAGAAAGAAAGAAAGAAAGAUUUGUAUAAAUAUAUAUAGAAAUGCUUCAGUAUCUGGGAAAAGAUCACUUGUGGAACGCUUCAGUUUGGGCUCAAGUAUUUUAUUUAUAUUUGGGGGCAUUUACAUUCCCAUUAAUGAUUCAAAUUCUGCCCACACUUUUGCUGACAUACAACCCCAGAUCAUCACACUACAGUGGAAGCUUUACUUACAACCAUAAUCCGUUCCGGAGGUCCGAUCAUAACUAGAAACGUACAUAAGUAGGGGCACCCUUUUCAAGAGAAAGUAAUGGAAAAGUGAAUUGAUCCAUUCUAGACGAUGAAUAACAGCCCCAAAACAGCAAUUUAACAUGGAUUAUACUCUCUAACAAGACCAUAGAUCCAUAAAAUGAAGGCAAUAAUAACGUACUGUACGAUAAAAUAAAUAAGACAGUAUUGUAGAUGGGGGAAAAAACGUUUUUUUCUUCUUACGUGCACUGUGGAUGGGUGGGCUUAUCUGGCUACAAGCUGGGGGUGGGGCAAGGGUCAGUAAAGAGCUGAUUCACUUUGGCCAGGGUCAUGCUUUUUUCUUGCCAGGCCAGGUUCUUCUCUAGACUUCCUCAGGUUGGUUCCCCAGCGGGGUUUGGGGCUGCAGUGCGCCCUGCUAUGCCUCUUGCAGGCAGCACCUCUUCCACAGAUUUGAGGGUGGGAUGGGGGCCCUCUCCCCAGCAGCAGAGGCCUCAGUGCUGCUCCGCAGCUGGCGGGGAGUGUUCCAGUAAACUGAAGACCUCUCCCCGGCGGCAAAGGCUCCAUCGCUGCCCUGCAGCCGGCCGGGCGAGCUCCAGGCUGCUGGCAAGACCUCUGUCUCUAGAGGAAAGUUCAUAAGUCGAAGCGCCUACUGAAGGUCAUAACUGGAAUGGUACAAAAGUAGAGCCGUACGUAAGUCAAGGAUCUACUGUUUCCGGGUGUUUCACGGUCGGUGUAAUGCAAGUAGGAUGUAAAUGUUCUCUGAUCCUUCUCCUUGCAUGUUUCAUGCCAUCACUACCAAGCAAGGAGAUUUGGGUCUCAUCGCUCCAAAUAACACUGUCCCAUUGUUCCACUGUCCAGUUAACAUGGGUUUAAUCUUUUCAACCUUUGCUUGAGAGAUAACAAUGGCUUUUUCCUUAUAAUUCUAACAUUUAGACCAGUCCUUGCACUUAACUUCACAUUACAUUGCACCAUGUCAUCUUGUAUACACCCAGAUGAUUUUCUUCUGUCAUGUAGGGACAGUCUCUCCAUUCUUCAAUCGUCACUUGCCUUUGUGACCUUUUCCUGCCUUAGCCAGUCUGAUUUUGUAGUGACUGAGUCUCCUUAUACCUCUUCAAAAAUAUAGAAAGGCCAGCUUUGGUUAAGUUUUUCCUAAUCUUUCAUCUAAUUUCUUCAUAACUGUAGCCUUGUUCACUUAAUAGUAUAAUUUUACAUCGCUUUCUGGGUGACCAGUCAACGCUUUGUGCCAUUUCUAUAAUUUUAUUAUGUUUUACAACCUCACUAAAUGAAAGAACACAAAAAACCAACUAACUUGAUAGCAAUCACAUAACACACUGAAAAUGUCAACCUAAGCAAGUGGUGCCUCCUUUUUCUGGUUAUUUGGCUAUAAUGUUUGAUAAAAUACAGGUAAUUGAAGAAACUUUGUUGGAUUGCUUUCUUGAUUAAAUUACCUUUCCAUUGAUAUAUAAUUUUAUGAUAUUACUCCAAAAGAAGUGGUGUUUUGAGCCAUCAAACCUCUGAAAUACACUUUUUUCUAAAAGGCUUCCACAAUUUUGACCACUACUGUAUAUCAAAUAAAGCAACAUUCAACAACUCAUCAGAAUCUUAUAAUAAACAAACAACACAGGUAAUGAACACACACCCAAUUACCUUCAGUUCUUCUCCAUUUGUUCCUGAGGCUCUAAUCCCUUUUUGUUUCCAUUGCAGAUUGUGAUGAAUUGGAAAUCGAGAACAAAGGUGACCACGAAAAAAUCCUCAGAGAGGAGAAGCAACAUAAAAAUUUGGAGUAUGGAAAAAACUGCAGUCAGAGCUCCCAUUCCACUUCCCAUGAACAAAAUUUCAUUGGAAAGAAACUCUAUCAAUGCAUGGAAUGUGAAAAGAGCUUCCGUCAGAGCUCCCAUCUCAGUUCCCAGCAAAGAAUUCAUACAUGGGAGAAACCGUAUCAGUGUGUAGAAUGUGGAAAGAGAUUCAGUCAGAGUUCCAAUCUCACUUCCGAUCAAAUAAUUCAUGCAGGGGAGAAGCCCUAUCAGUGUGUGGAAUGUGGAAAGAGAUUCAGGAGGAGCUCCGAUCUCACCACCCAUCAAAGAAUUCAUACAGGGGAGAAACCCUAUCAGUGUGUGGAAUGUGGAAAGAGCUUCAGUCAGAGCUCCCAUCUCAUUUCCCAUCAAAGAAUUCAUAUAGGGCAGAAACCCUAUAAGUGUGUGGAUUGUGGAAAAAGCUUCACUGAUAGUUCCAAACUUACUUCCCAUCAAAGAGUUCAUACAGGGGAGAAACCCUAUCAGUGUGUGGAAUGUGGAAAGAGCUUCAGUCACAGCCACAGUCUCACUUUCCAUCAAACAAUUCAUACAGGGGAUAAACCCUAUCAGUGUGUGGAAUGUGGAAAGAGCUUUAGGAAGAGCUCCGAUCUCACUUCCCAUCAAAGAAUUCAUACAGGGGAGAAACCCUAUCAGUGUGCGGAAUGUGGAAAGAGCUUCAGUCAGAGUGCCCAUCUCACUUCCCAUCAAAGAAUUCACAAAGGGGAGAAACCCUAUCAGUGCAUGGAAUGUGGAAAGAGCUUUACAGAUAGCUCCUCCCUCACUUCCCAUCACAGAAUUCAUACAGGGGAGAAACCCUAUCAGUGUGGGGAAUGUGGAAAGAGCUACACUCAUAACUCCUCUCUCACUUCACAUCAAAGAAUUCAUACAGGGGAAAAACCCUAUCAGUGUGGGGAAUGUGGAAAGAGCUUCAGGAUGAGCUCUGAUCUCACUAAGCAUCAGAGAAUUCAUACAGGGGAGAAACCCUAUCAGUGUGUGGAAUGUGGAAAGAGCUUCAAUCAGAGCUCCUCUCUCACUUUCCAUCAAAGAAUUCAUACAGGGGAGAAACCAUAUCAGUGUGUGGAAUGUGGAAAGAGCUUCACUGAUAGCUCCUCUCUCACUUCCCAUCAAAGAAUUCAUACAGGGGAGAAACCCUAUCAGUGUGGGGAAUGUGGAAAGAGCUUCAGAAAAAGCUCCGAUCUCACUAAGCAUCAGAGAAUUCAUAAAGGUGAGAAACCCUAUAAGUGCCUGAUAUGUGGAAAGAGCUUCACUGAUAGUUCCAAACUCACUUCCCAUCAAAAAGUUCAUACAGGGGAGAAACCCUAUCAGUGUGUGGAAUGUGGAAAGAGCUUCAUUUACAGCCACAGUCUGGCUUUCCAUCAAAGAAUUCAUACAGGGGAGAAACCCUAUCAGUGCAUGCAAUGUGGAAAGAGGUUCACUGAUAGCUCCUCUCUCACUUCCCAUCAAAGAAUUCAUACAGGGGAGAAACCCUAUCAGUGUGUGGAAUGUGGAAAGAGCUUCACUCACAGCCACAGUCUCACUUCCCAUCAAAGAAUUCAUACAGGGGAGAAACCCUAUCAGUGUGUGGAAUGUGGAAAGAGCUUCACUGAUAGCUCCUCUCUCACUUCCCAUCAAAGAAUUCAUACAGGGGAGAAACCCUAUCAGUGUGGGGAAUGUGGAAAGAGCUUCAGAAAAAGCUCCGAUCUCACUAAGCAUCAGAGAAUUCAUACAGGGGAGAAACCCUAUCAGUGUGUGGAAUGUGGAAAGAGCUUCAGUCAGAGCUCCUCUUGCAUUUUCCAUCAAAGAAUUCAUACAGGGGAGAAACCCUAUCAGUGUGUGGAAUGUGGAAAGAGCUUCAUUAAGAGUUCCUCUCUCACUUCCCAUCAAAGAAUUCAUACAGGAGAGAGAGAGAAAGGGACAUGGCAUACAUACAGAGAUUAGCUGAAGAAUCAAGAAGGGAAAUGGAAAUUAAAAGACUAUGAGGAAAUAAAAGAUUAUUUGCAGAAUUGGUUACACUACAAACAAUUACAUAGAAUGUACGAGGAAGAUAAUAAAGCAUUUAGUUAUACAUUUUCUAGAUUUCAAAAGGGAGUUAUAGAAAAAGUGAAGCAGCUGAAGAAAGUGUAUAAUAUUUUGCUAGAACAGGAAACAAAAGAUGAGGAGGAAAAAAUGGUCAUGAUCAAAUGGGCACAAGAUAUAGGACAUAACAUACAACUUGAGGACUGGGAAAAAUUGUGGAAAGUAGAUUUGAAAUUUACAGACUGUUCUCUUUUGAAAGAAAACUAUAUGAAAAUGAUGUAUAGUUCAUAUAUUACACCAGUACUGAUAGCAAAAAUGUAUAAAACUGGGUCAAAUAUAUGUUGGAAAUAUAAAGAAAAAGAAAGGACUUAUAAUCACAUGUGGUGGGAAUGUAGAGAAGUUUAAAAAUUGUGGGAAAUGAUAUAUAAUGAAUUGAAAAAAAAUGUUCAAAUUGACAUAUGUAAAAAACCCCCAGAAGUAUUCUUGUUAGGGAUUGGAGGACAAGACCUGCCAAGGAAAAGAAAGAAUUUAUUUAUGUAUGCUAAAACAGUGGCGAGAGUCUUGUUCGCAGAAGGAUGGAAGAAUGAGGAAAUCCCAAUGAAAGAACAGUGGCAAGAAAAAUUGAUGACCUAUGCGGAAUUGCCCAAAUUGACAUAUAAACUGUUUGAAAAGGACAACUGUGACUUCAAGGAAGAAUGGGAACUUUUUACAAACUAUCUAAAAAGACAUCAAAGUAAACUGGAGUCCUUGGCAGGUUUUGAAUAAACAUCCAUAAAUUUAUUAGUUGAACACAUGAUAAAUAAGGCAAGGAUAUGUACAAUUUUAUAACAUGCAGAAAACAAUAUAUGCAAAGAAAUCAGGGAGGGGAGCUGAGGG